AUGAAGUUGGCCGUGGGCCAAAGAGUCCGCUAUGGUCAAUGCGCUGGCGUCAUCAAAUUUAUCGGCAAGACGAGUUUUGCCCCGGGGCAAUGGAUCGGGGUACAACUCGACGACGAUUGCGGUCGGCACAACGGCCCUGUUCUGGGGGUGCGCUACUUCAGCGCCAGGCCCGGGUGCGGAAUUUUUAUCAAGCCCGAGAAUGUCCUGCUCGACGUGCCUCUCACCACCCAGCCGCCGCUCCUCGUUUCGGAUGAGGUUGCGCCCGAGAAGGAUGCGGAACCGGACGAGAAGGUCUUGUUCCCGGAGGUCCAGGUGAUCCCAAAAAUCGCCCUCGACGUGCCUCUCACCAACCAGCCGCCGCUCCUCGUUUCGGAUGAGGUUCAGCCGGAGAAGGAUGCGGAACCCGACGAGAAGGUCUUGUUCCCGGAGGUCCAGCUGCUCGCCGUGCCUCUCACCACCCAGCCGCCGCUCGUCGUUCCGGUUGAGGCACCGCCGGAGAAGGAUGAGCAGCCGGACGAGAAGGUGUUGUUCCCGGAGGACCCGGUGAUACCAAAGAUCGCCCUCGAUGUGCCCGUCGCAGGCCUUGGAGACGCACACCACAUCACGUUCGGCCUGUACGCGGGAUCGGCGGUGCCCCUGGAACGCAUCGUCGGCGCCUAUGAGCUAUUGUCGCAGACGCGCGUGCUCGUUUCCAAGGCGGUGGAAGUUGAGGUGAAGCGCUAUGGGCGCCUUCCCGCCGCACAACUGACACUCAGCCGUAAGCACCUGCCCAACGAGCCGUGCCACGACUCCUACGUUUGUCGCAACUAUCGACUGUGCGACUGGGAUGGCAGCGACGUGGCGAUCGACCGGAGCUGCGGUGCCUGCAUCUGGCAGCGUGCCAUCGAGUGGAAGAUCGUCGAUCAGACGGCCGUCGAGGAAAUGAAGAAGGGCGCCCAGGGGAAGAAGCACCGUCGAUCGCUGCCCGUUGAUCCGCUGAAGGUCAAGCCCAAGAGGCGCCAGCUGAAGAAGCGUGCCGGC